GGAGCAGAAACAACCGAUAUGGCGACCCGUUGGCUGAGUGUCUUUCUGGUGAUGUUGACGUUGGUUGAACUUGGUACAUCAGAUCCAAUGUUCACAUUCAUACAGGACAGACUGUCGAAGAAGGAACAGGACGCCAUCUUUGACCUGUUCAAGAAACAUUGGAAACCCGGAGUGCCGGACGAUAAGUUUGAGGAAUAUCUAACAAGAGUUGUCUAUUCUCCGUCCAUAUUAAAGGAAAACCUUCCCCACCGCAUCGUGGAACUUCUCCGCGCCCUGGAUAACGUGGAGAGGCUGGAGCUGGUGAGAGAAGUUCGGGAGGCGAUGGAGUUCAGAGACGCGCAGAAGGAGGACGCGAACAUCUUCCAGCGCAGUCUGCUGGAGGAACAGGAGAAAGUCAAGAACGAGCAGAAGCUAGUGGCUGCCCUGAAGGCAAAGAAGAAGGCGAAGAAGGCUAAUGCUGGCUAGUACACCUUAAAAAGCGCAGUCUCUUUUCUGAGAAGCAUUGCUAAGCUUUCUCUACUAUCUUAUGGUACACUAUCUUAUCUGCUAUAAGUACACAGCUAUAAUUUACUGUAAGUAGAUUCAGGAAUAUUAUACAUCGAGCAGAGGGAGGACCCGAACAUCGGGCGCGGUCUGCUAGAAGAACAGGAGAAAGUCCAGAAUGAGCAGAAGCUAGUGGCUGCCCUGAAGGCAAAGAAAAAGGCAAAGAAGG